GUCCACAAUAAACAGAGAAGUCUUUGAAAAUAGCAAGACCGAAAGACAGGUGAAAAAAAACCAUGAGCGAGUCUCCCGUUUUAUUGAGCAAACGCGAGGUCGAGCGCGUGCUCGGUUAUGAUGAUCUGAUUCCCAGACUGGAGUCUGUCAUGGGAAAGUUUUCUAAACGGAGCAGUUCAGAAAUAAUCCAGCCUGUGAGAUCUGUGGUCCCUAUACAGCAACACAACGGGUUUUUGGGCGUUAUGCCUGCAUAUUUGGCCGCUGAGGGUAUUUUAUGCACUAAGAUGGUGACCUUCUACCAGCGUCCAGAGGGGUCCGGUUUACCGUCAACUCAAGCAACUGUGUUACUGUUUCAUCCCGAGCAUGGAAAUGUGACUGCGAUCAUGGAUGGGGAGGCCAUCACAGCCAAACGAACCGCAGCCGUAUCAGCCAUAUCAGCUAAACUUUUCAAGCCAGCUCUUUCAGAAGUGCUGUGCAUCCUCGGUUCAGGGCAGCAGGCUAGAAGCCACUAUGACGUUUUCACAAAACUCUUCGAGUUCAAAGAGGUCCGCGUGUGGAGCAGAAGGAAAGAAAUGGCUCAACGGUUCGUUAAUGAUCUCCAAGGUCCUGUAACAGUCUGUUCUUCGGUGAAGGAGGCCGUGAUGGGGGCUGAUGUAAUAGUUACCGCCACAGGUGCAAGUGAGCCGAUUCUCUUCGGGGAGUGGGUCAAACCAGGUGCACACAUAGCAGCGGUUGGCGCUUGUCGGCCAGACUGGAGGGAACUGGAUGACAUAUUGAUGAGAGAGGCUGUAGUGUACGUGGACAGCAGAGAGGGGGCGACGGCAGAGUCAGGAGACAUCAUUCUGUCUGGAGCUGAAGUAUUCGGAGAGCUCGGAGAAGUUAUAAAUGGAUCCGUUCCUGCUCUGCGUGAGAAGACUACGGUAUUCAAGUCACUGGGAAUGGGGAUACAAGACGCUGUCUCAGCCAAACUUGUACUGGAGAAGUGGAACAGCGAACACUGAAGAACCAUCCAGCUCAGCUUCCUCCGCUGAUUUCACAAUCGUCUUGUCUGCCACGGUGGUAUCUUUAUCCUGAUCACUCUUUAUACAGUAUAAUCACUAAAGUACUUUUAGUAUAAAAAAAAUAAAUAAAAAGCAACAGUACUUUUUUCACGUAUUGUAGCAUCAUUAAUAGAUUGCUACAGAGAUUAUAAUGUAUUUUUGUUGGCUAACACCUAGAAAUGUGUUAGCAGUUUAACUCUUUGGUUCUGUUGCCCCAAAGCUGACAGGUUUAUUUUAACUGGAUUUUUGUUAAAUGCCUAAAAUAAAGUGUGCAGUUAAUAUUAAGUUAAUGUUUUAUUCUACAACAAAAAAAAAUACAUUAGUACAAUACAUACCCUUUUGUAAUUGCCUUGAAAAAAAGGGUUUGCUAAUAACUAAUUUUCAGCAAUAAUCCAAAAGGCAAUAGAAAAACCCUUCCGGAUUAUGGUUGGUCUACCAAAACACAUCACUGCAGCACUUUAUGCUGUACUACAAAACAUUUUGGGACACCCCCUUAUUUAGAAAAGAAAAGGGCACUUCAAAACUGUGGCAACAAAGAUGGAAGCAUAAUUUAUACAUUUAAAAAGUUUUUAUCAACAUCUAUAUUGCAACGGCUUACAAGUUGGUGUUUAUUGAUCGCUUUCUGGUUCAAGGUCUGAUUUAAAGGCAUACCAGAGGUGUUUAUGACUUUACGGAGAAUAGCCAAGUUCUUCCAUGCGCACCGAAUCAAUCAUGUCUUUUUUUAACCUUGCCUUAUGCACAGAGGCAUUGCCGUGAUAGAAUAGAAAAGGGUCUUGUCCAAACUGUUGCUAUAAAAUUAGCAGCACACAAUUUCCUAGAAUACCACUGAAUGCUUAAACAUUAAGAUAUGCGCUCAUGGAAAUAUGUCAAGUAGGGUGCCAAUACUUUUGUUCAUAAAGUGUACGUGGAAAACAAAGGACAAAGAAAAAUGUGUUUAUAUUUGGUUUCUAUUUUCAGACAUAAAGGUUAAUGCACUGUAGCUUUAGUGGAGACAAAAGCAUGAAUAAAGCGUUUUAAAAAGUUACAGAUCUGUCAAAAUUAAACAUUCCAUGUGGCAAAUUCCAA